UGGCGACUCGACGGCCGACUUCGCACUCCGUGCGGAAGGUGGCCGAGCCGAGGGGCCGAACCGCGCGGAUCGUUGAACGCUCGCUAUGCCUACGAUGGCGUCGCUCGUGCGCUAGCGGCUGGCGUUCGAUUGAGAUCGUAUACAUCACCAGCAAUGGGUCGGUGCUGUGUGCCGGGAUGUCGUGGUAACUACGAUAACGGGCCGAAAGUACGAGUGUUCUCCUUUCCGUCCGAUGAAGCGCGCAAGGCGAAGUGGCUGAGAGCGAUUCCUCGCAAAGAUUUCGUGCCAACCAAGCACUCUAGGGUAUGUGAAGAGCACUUCGCAAGCAACUGCUACAUCACAACUCUGACACACCACGAUGAAGCCACAGGGAGAACGUUGGAAGUAACACGUGAAAGGACCAAGCUGACGGAAGACGCGGUCCCAACCAGAUUUCCGAAUUGCCCGAGUUAUCUAUCCACAACGAGCACGGCCAGCCGUGAGGCUCCUGACGCGAAACGGGCAAGAGCAGACGCCGCAGCUCUUCAGGAGGCCAUCGAGCAGUCUCAGAUGGCGCACGAGGAACAAAUACAGAAGAACUUUGUUCAGUCUUUUAAUGAUCUCACAGCCAAACUCCUCACCGCACCAGUUUCAAGCUUUUGGAUUAAAACGGUGAACAGCCAGUGUGUCAUGUUCCUCCGCAUCGAGACGAAGGAGUCCCCGUAUGUCAAGCAUUCGGUCACAAUCGACUCAAACUUGUCUGUAACUGUGUGCUUUGGGGCAGUUGCAAUAAGAACACUACCCUCGGGUAAUGCCGUGCCAGAAGCGCUCAAUGACCUGGGCACUCUUUUUGUCCUGCUAGACGAGAUUGAGCAGGUAUCAAGUCAUGCGGAGCACCAAAGCCUGCCCACGAAGAUAGCAGCUCUCAACUUUAUAAGCUCACUACUGCAAGACAUCAUUGCAGAUGGAUCGGACCUAUCCCAGGACGAUAAAGAUUCCUUGACAUUUUUCAAUGAGCAAAUUUGUUUGCUUGCAACAAAAUCCCCACGCUACAGCUCCGAUUUCCUUGUGUUUGCGACCGUCUUGCACUCAAUCUCGCCUCACGCCUACCAUUUUGCAAGGUCUGCGUCGGCCCUCAAACUACCGCACCCUACAACCCUUCGACGUCUUUGUUCCAGGCAUGGCGGGGACCCCCUAGCGGAACAGGAUCAAAGCUGUUUUCUAGGGUACAUGAAAGAGAGGGUCAAGGCGAUGAGGGAAGAGGAGAAGAUUGUGACAUUAAUGAUAGACGAAAUACAUAUCAAGCCAUAUUUUGACUACAAAGGAGGAACCGUAACUGGUGCUUCCCACAACGCAGCCGAACCAGCAACCACAGCACACGUCUUCAUGACUCAGAGUCUCUUAUCAUCAUCAAAAGAUGUUGUUCACAUCCUUCCCGUUUCCAAGAUGGACGCAAAGACACUCCACGAAUUUGUCCUGAAGGUGAUCAUGCGACUCGAGGCAAUGGGAAUUCGAGUGAUUGCUGUUAUCACAGAUAACAAUGCUUUGAACCGCAAAAUGAUGUCAUUUUUCGAGUCACCGCCGUCAGUGCCUCCCAUGACAAAGGUUGUCUACCCGCACCCAGCAGACAAAAGUCGGCCACUAUUCUACGUCGUCGAUCCGGUACACCUCCUUAAGUGUAUACAGAACAACUGGCUUAAUCAGAAGAACUUGGGCAAGUGUUUUUACUUUCCGCAGUUUCAGCCUGCAACCCAAGGCAGUACCUCCACCGUAAAGGCUGCAUCGCUUCAAGCUCUUCGGGACCUUCAUAUGCAAGAACAAAACAAGCUGCUGAAGUUUGGAUUUAAGCUCAGCGUGAAAGCUCUCAACCCCACAUCAAUGGAGCGGCAAAAUGUGAAGCUUGCGUUGAACGUUUUUAGUCCCUUUGUUUCAGAAGCUCUCCGAACGCGUGGAGUCGACCUCCAGAUUGAGCUCUCUGCAUCGACUGCAGACUUCAUUGACAUUGUUGUAAAAUGGUGGAAGAUUGUCAACGCGAAGAGCCCUCAUAAGGGCACAAGACUGCGAGACGAACUGCAGGAGCCCAUAACUUGCAUCGACGACACGAAGAUGCAGUUUUUGAAGGAUCUGCUGCAGUGGCUAGACACCUGGAAAAGCCUAAAGUGCGACACAGGCGGCCUCACAAAGGAAACUCAUGCGGCACUGGAGCUGACAUGUUAUUCGCUCUUGAAGCUUAGCCAGUACUGCCUUGAGGAACUGAAGUUCAAGUAUGUUCUCCUGGGGAAGUUUCAGACCGACUGCCUGGAGGACCGUUUCGGAAAGUACAGGCAGCUAGCUGGUGCACAGUACCACAUUUCUAUUCGUCAAGUGUUCGAGUGUGAAAAAAAGCUACGUCUUCAGAAGAUGUUGGUGUUGGUGCCACCUCCAGAAGCCAAUGAUGAAGAGGAAGCAGUUGAGGGUGAGCAAAGCCUGUUCAAUGUGAUCAUCACCGAAGAUGAUUUACAGAGUUCGCAGUGCGACAUGCCGGUCAUUACGUAUGUUGCUGGCUACAGUGCACAUGCUGCACUCAAGCGCAUGCGCUGUGAAGCCUGUGCUGAACUGCUUGUGAUGGAUGGACGAAUGUUGGAGGUGGAGGACUUUUCCCUGAUUUCCCACUUGACAAGAGGGGGUCUCAAGUUUCCGCAGCCAUGCACUGUGACAAUGGUCCUCGUCACUAAGCUAGUGGUUGAGAAACUGUCAGCUCCAGAGAAUGUUGGUGCAUUCUUGAAAGGCGGAAAGCAGCGGUCCUUGAUAAUGUCCAUUGCGUUAUCACUGCUCAAAGAAGCCCUCGACAUCAGCCCCUGCUCGAUGGGCCACAGCGUUUUACUCCUCAUGAAGCAUGUGGUGAGCGCAGCGACUAAUACGCUGUUGAGGAACUACUGUGGUACGAUCAACGAUGGAAUUCAGCAGAAGGCGCAGCAAGUUCAGAAGUCACGAAAAACAAAAACCCUGGCCAAGAAAUAGGACAGCAAGCACAACUUAUGAACUGUAAGCCUUCAUCUAGAACACAGAGGAAUGUAAAAACAUUGAAGGCAGAAAGUCGACUGCUGAAAAAAGAAAACAUGCUCAGUACGUUUGCUUUAUUUAUCUUUGGUAAUAAAUUCAACACACUUACAUUUUUUAGCAUGACUGGAGUUUGUUUUUCUUCCUUUGAACGCAAUAAGAUUGAAAACUGGAUGAACAUCAAUUAAAAUAAGGUAACUACAUGUUGCAGGCAACCGCCUGUUGCACACCUACCUGCAACAUUCAUCAGCGUCAGGGACCCUGGGUUCAAACCCCACCCCUGCUCGUUUCGAUCUGGAUGAGCA